UGCAUGUGUGAGUGAAUGGUGUGUGAGUGUGCCCUGCGAUGGGCUGGCCCCCCAUCCUGGGUUGUUCGCUGCCUCGUGCUCGUUGCUUCUGGGAUAGGCUCCAGACCCCCCGUGACCCAGUAGGACAAGCAGUUUGGAGAAUGGAUGGAUGGGCAUUCUGCUUGUGAUGUUCUCUGGCCUCGUGUCCUCUGAUGCCAGGGACAGAUUUGCACCCCACUACUCUCCCCACCUGACCAUGAUAAGCAGUUGGAAGAUGGAUGGAAAAUUCUAAUUUCAUUCUAUAAGAAAUUGUAAUAUUUUUUAAAUAUUUAACAAAUAUACACAUGCAAUGAGAUAGCUGUGAUUGUCCAAGUUUUAAGGGAAAAGACUCCGCCUCUUCUACACCCCUCGCAUAUACGUGCUGCAGACAAAAGAGUAGGUGGGGAGAGCAGCACUGUCAGGUGAGCGUGCAGACCGAUGGAUUAGCAGACCUCCAGCAGGGCAGUGCAGACACAGAGAAUCCCGGCGCCAUUUAGAACGGUUUUUGGACAAGCAAGCUCUUCACCAGUGAUCAUGGAUGUGUACGGACAGCCACGGCUUAGGAUCCUUACCCUGGCCUUGCUGCGGCUUCUACCUGCUAUCACAGGUACCCACAAACCCGUCCUGCCUGUGUCAUUACCUCAUAAGGGAGUAAUACCUCUCUUUAGCAAAUUUAAUUAAAUGAUCCUUCCUUUGACAUUUGCACAAGUUCACCGGGAUACUUCAUUUCUGCAUGUCUCGCUCUCCUUUGAAAUUCACACACACACACACACACACAAGCAUACAUUUAUAGCGACGGGGCAGGCACUUCAUCGUGCACCCCUAGCGCAAAGGACGGUGCAGAAGUCUUAGACAGGCAAAGGAAAUGUUUAAGGCUAUAUAAAUAUGUAGCUCAGGACAUGUUAGCUCAGGAAAAAAAACACAAUUUAACAUAACAUAUGCAAAUUAACAGUAACAUAAUAAAAAAUAUACAGCAAUUUUGUCUGUUUUCCAAAAACUUACUGAUAUCUUGUUGGAUGGCUGGACAAACUGCACUUUGUUUCCUAAAUCUCUGCUCAGGGGCACCUCAGCCAUUUUAUAUAUUUGUUAAGUUUCUCCUCCAUCUCAAAUAAUGAAUUUACUUGAUUUGUUAACUCAAUGGGCUGUCGAUUAACUCGACAAGGUGAGGUAGUGGUCGAGUCAAAAAAUACAUGGGUGUAUUGGACGGUUGCUGCAAAUUCCGUGGUAAUUUCAGGAGACGGCUAAGCUGCCACUUUGACAGACAUAAUAUCAUAUUACACCAACACAACAGUUUGAAUAUUUUUUAUGACUGCUUAAGACUGUUGCACAGCACUGUGUAUGUGUCAAAAAUUCACAGGAUUCGUAUAUACUCAAAGUCCAAGCACGCAGAGAUGCCGAGGAUUGUUGUUAUGGGAACUGCAAAAAAAAUUAAUAAAUCAGGCUUAGCAGGAAGAUGCAUGCUACACUGGUCACAGAGUAUUUGUAUAUGUACUGUAGAUGGCUCUGUCACCUCCACUCAUCUUUUACAUUCUCUCUAGCUUCUUCCCUACAACCAGAGACUGGAGAGACUAAUGGCCUCUCAGCAUGGGAAACUGAGGAGACAGACAGUUUGCUGGCCCUGCUCUGUGCCCAACCUGCCCCCUCCCUCUCCCCACCUUCCUCCGCCCAUGCCGUGAGACCCUCAGAUGUCACCGUCUUGUCCGCCAUCGGGCUCCCAAGCUCAAGCAGAAGUGAGGUGCUCACAGUCCUGAAAAGAAUAUCAGAGCUCCUGUCCUUGUGUAACCCCAGCCUAGUCAGCCUGAUACCAGAACAGUCCGACGCUCUAUUCUCAGAGUAUCCUCAGAGGAGCCUCCCAAGUCAAGCUGCUCACCUGUCCCUCUCUCUCAAAACCCACCAGGCAAUCGACAGCGACCGCAGCUGGAAGCUGGUGCUGCUUCUGGUCCCGGUGGAUGAUCUCUGUGGCUGCCCAGAGCAGGCCAGCUCACAGGUGGCCACGGUGGUGCACCAGUUUGACCAGGCCCUGCAGACCUUACAUGGACAGUUAGUUCGCACUGUGGUCAACGCUAUGGUGUGGGUUGGACAUGGAGGUGUUGGAGAUUCUCAGAAAGAAAGCAGGGAAUGCCAUUGCAAGGAGACCAGCAACGCUGCUGAGCUCAGCCUGACGAAGGGUAUUCUUGCCCUGUCCUUGCAGGAGUCUCUGAAGCACCACCUAGAGGUAAAUCCAUGGUACAAUGACGGAGAGGACUUUGCUGUCCUGCUGCAGGAAACUCCCAUGGAUAUGGGUGUUGGCCACAUAUCAGGAGGAAGGACACCCCUUUAUGGACAGAGAACAGUGAAAAUCAACAAAGUGGCUACUCAGCUUUGGACCAACCUUCUGCAGCCAAUGACCGGGGAGUCUGACUUGGACAACCAUAACUUAAUCAGUGACCCCUGCCAUAGUGAGUACCAGCCCUUUCUGAGAACCCAAAGAAACUCCCCACCAGAGCCCCACCCACGAGCCCGCACCGCUGACAGUGUGGUCUUCCCGGACCAGAAAACAGGAAGUGAGCUCACUUGUGAAGACCGAAGCCCCUCCCCCUUGACUCCUACAUCAGUUCAUGCUCUCCGUCCUGCAGAUAUUAAAGUAUUGGCUGCUCUGGGAGACUCCCUGACGGCAGCCAAUGGAGCUGGAGGAUCACCCAAUAACAUACUGGAUGUUUUGGUUGAGUACAGGGGGCUGUCUUGGAGCAUUGGUGGUGAUGAGAAUCUCACCAGCGUCACCACCCUUCCCAAUAUCUUUCGGGAGUUCAACCCCAAUUUAACCGGGUUCGCGGUGGGAACAGGGAAAGAAGACUCCCCCAGCGCCUUCCUAAACCAGGCCGUUGCCGGCGCCAACAGCGAUGACAUGGUCAGCCAGGUGCGUGUCCUCGUGGAGAAGAUGAGGAACGAUCCGCGUAUCGACUUCGAGAAUGAUUGGAAGGUGAUCACCAUGUUCAUCGGAGGUAACGACUUGUGUGACCACUGCACCGACACAGUUUACUUCUCGCCAAAUAAUUUCGUCUCCCAUGUUCGUCAGGCCCUGGAUAUCCUCCAUCAAGAGGUGCCACGUGCCUUGGUGAACCUAGUGGAGGUACUGAAUAUCAUCCCACUGCGGCGCCUCCACCAGGACAAGAGCCUCAAUUGUCCCACCUGGCUGGUCAACAUGUUGUGCCGCUGUGUGGUGAAACCCCCAGAUGGUUCAGCAGAGGUCCAGGAGCUGAAGGAUCUCAACCGGGCCUAUCAGAGCGGUAUGCAGGAGCUGGUGGAGUCCGGUCGCUAUGACACACAUUCCAACUUCACUGUGGUUGUGCAGCCUUUUUUUCGAGAGGUGAUGCUCCCCCUGCUGGAGGAUGGCCGCCCCGACCGCUCCUUCUUUGCAUCCGAUUGCUUCCAUCUCAGCCAGAAGUCACACUCCUUGAUGGCUCGCGCCCUGUGGAACAACAUGCUCGAGUCUCUCGGUAACAAGACCUACAUCCAUGACUUCACCAACGACUUGCCACUCAAAUGCCCUUCUCAGGCCUCACCAUUCUUGAGAACCUAUAAGAAUAGCAACCACAGUUAUGGUGACCCCGCCCCCACCAUGCCACCUAUCACGAACUGGGGGAGUGACUUCUCCUGUGCCGUCCACGGGCCUUCAGACCCUGUUCCGUCCUCAGUUCACAGGUUGCGACCCACUGACAUCAAAGUUGUGGCGGCCCUGGGAGACUCCUUAUCGGCUGGGUUUGGAGCCAAAGCAAAGAACCUCCUACAGCUGACAAACGAGUACAGAGGCGUUUCAUGGAGCAUUGGGGGAGAUCAGACACUGGAGACUGUAACUACGCUGCCAAACAUCCUGAGGAAGUUCAAUCCAUCUCUGCGCGGCUUCUCCACGGGCAUUGGGACUGCACAGAGGGGUUUCAAUAUGGCCGUUUCGGGAGCCAAAGCUUUUAACAUCCCUGCCCAGGUGGAGAAGCUCAUUCAGGCUUUGAGGGACAGCAAGGAAGUGGAUUUUGAGAAUGACUGGAAGCUGGUGACGCUGUUUAUCGGGGGAAACGACCUGUGCCAGUACUGUCAGGACCGGGCUUCCCUGUCACCCCAGAAUUACAGCCUCUACCUGAUGGAGAGCCUGGACUUGCUGUACAGAAAUGUUCCCCGCGUGCUGGUCAAUGUGCUGGAGAUCCUGCAGAUCGAUGGCCUCAGAAAGAUCAAGAGAAACUCACUCGGUUGCUCGCUGCUGCAGGAGAACCUGUGUCCCUGUGUUCUGGCUCCAGGGGAGGACUCCCUGGAGCUGAGUGAGAUGAGACGGAUCAAUCGGGAAUUCCAGGCCAAGACCGAGCGGCUGGUCUGGGGGGUCCGCUACAGCGGGCGCAAAGACUUCGCCGUGGUCAUACAGCCAUUCUUCCAAACCACCAUCAUCCCGCUCGGGCCGGACGCGAAGCCAGAUCUGAGCUUUUUCUCGGUGGAUUGCUUCCACUUCAGUGAGCGGGGCCAUGCCGAGAUGGCCAUCUCCCUCUGGAACAACAUGUUGGAGCCUGUGGGCCAGAAGCAGACGUACAACAACUUCACCUACGACCGUAACAAGCUACGGUGUCCUACAGAGGAGCAGCCGUACAUAUUCACCAUCAUCAACAGCUUUCCCAGCAUUCCCACCACCACCACUGCUGCCGCCCCCACCCCGCCCACCAGUACCGCCAUGCCGUUUGAAUCUCCGUGUUGGGAUAUAGUGCCCGCCUGGGCAGUGGCUUUGGUGGGGGUCACGGGCCUGUUAAUUGGUUGGGGGGCCACCUGGCUCCUGCUGUUCUACAGAGAGCAGAGGAUGAAGAGGACAGCAACUCUGAAUGUUGAGCUGAAAGGUACUGGGUCCUGUUUUAUAAAUACAGGAACAAAAGGCACAGAGACGCUGCAUGGGUACAUGGGACAACAGUAACCGCGGAUGGAUAGAAGGACAUAAAUAGCAAACCCUUUAAUCCCCUUAACCCACUGUUUAAUGCCAAUACAUGUCCUUUCUGUAAUUUAAGAUUUCAGAGUUUUCUUUGCUUCACAAAUAGAGCCAUUGGAAAGCCGUUGUUAAUGAACAGUCUGUGACCGUGAAGUUAGAUGCUUGCUUCAGCUUUGGUUCUCGUGAUGUCAAGCUGGAUAAUCACGCUGAGGUGUCUUGAUAAAUAUUACAGGGCAUGUGUGACAAAUCUAAAGCUUUGUAAAUGUAUAGUAAGUACAGGUAUGAUGCACAAUCUGGAAAAAUUCAUUAAUUUGUUUUUAAUAAAAACUUCUCAUCCGA